CUCCUGCAGCUUCCCUUCCCCUUCCGUCCUGUGCGGAACCGACAGCCACUUUCACAGAGUCCUAGUUCGCUCGCGGCCUGGAAUCGGGCUGGAGAAGGAGGCAGGAGGGUGUGGUGGGUUGAAAAACCAUCCACUUUACUACCGAGUUGGAGCAUGGAUUCUGUUUUAGUUCUUUGAGAGGGAAGUGAGAUUGGAGAUUCUUAUUUUUAAUUUUGGGUAGAAGGUUGACUCUGGGGCCCUCCAAAGCAAGAAGAUUUAACUUAAUGCUGCUCCUGUGUUUGAAGGAGGACAAAAUGUCCCACCUGGCAAAAUUUCCGUAACCUCUUCAGUAGAAAACAUCAGGUAUCUUUUAAACCGCGAUAGUUUUCGUUGUGUGUCAAGCCUUCCUCAGGUGAAGCUCCCAGGAUAGCUAGAUUAUAGGUUCGAAACAGAUGCAGAAUCCAAAGGCAGCGCAAAAAACAGCCACCGAGUUUGCUAUGCCUCUGAGCUGCGAGAUAAUCAGACAGCUAAAUGGAGUCUGAGCAGCUGUUUCAUAGAGGCUAUUAUAGAAACAGCUACAACAGUAUAACAAGUGCAAGUAGUGAUGAGGAACUUUUAGAUGGAGCGGGUGUUAUUAUGGACUUUCAAACUUCUGAAGAUGACAAUUUGUUAGAUGGUGACACAGCAGUUGGAACUCAUUACACAAUGACAAAUGGAGGCAGCAUUAACAGUUCUACACACCUACUGGAUCUUUUGGAUGAACCAAUUCCAGGUGUUGGUACAUAUGAUGAUUUCCAUACUAUUGAUUGGGUACGAGAGAAAUGUAAAGACAGAGAAAGGCAUAGACGGAUCAACAGCAAAAAGAAAGAAUCAGCAUGGGAAAUGACAAAAAGUUUGUAUGAUGCAUGGUCAGGAUGGCUAGUAGUAACACUAACAGGAUUGGCCUCAGGGGCGUUAGCUGGGUUAAUAGACAUUGCUGCUGAUUGGAUGACUGACCUAAAGGAGGGCAUUUGUCUUAGUGCAUUGUGGUAUAAUCAUGAACAGUGUUGUUGGGGAUCUAAUGAAGCAACAUUUGAAGAGAGGGAUAAAUGUCCACAGUGGAAAACAUGGGCAGAAUUAAUCAUAGGUCAAGCAGAGGGUCCUGGUUCUUACAUCAUGAACUAUAUAAUGUAUAUCUUCUGGGCCUUGAGUUUUGCUUUUCUUGCAGUUUCCCUGGUAAAGGUAUUUGCUCCAUAUGCCUGUGGCUCUGGAAUUCCAGAGAUUAAAACUAUUUUGAGUGGAUUCAUCAUCAGAGGUUACUUGGGAAAAUGGACUUUAAUGAUUAAAACCAUCACAUUAGUACUGGCUGUGGCAUCAGGUUUGAGUUUAGGAAAAGAAGGUCCCCUGGUACAUGUUGCGUGUUGCUGUGGAAAUAUCUUUUCCUACCUCUUUCCAAAGUAUAGCACAAAUGAAGCUAAAAAAAGGGAGGUGCUAUCAGCUGCCUCAGCUGCAGGUGUGUCUGUAGCUUUUGGUGCACCAAUUGGAGGAGUUCUUUUUAGCCUGGAGGAGGUUAGCUAUUAUUUUCCUCUCAAAACUUUAUGGAGAUCAUUUUUUGCUGCUUUAGUAGCUGCAUUUGUUUUGAGAUCCAUCAAUCCGUUUGGUAACAGCCGUCUGGUCCUUUUUUAUGUGGAGUAUCAUACACCAUGGUACCUUUUUGAACUGUUUCCUUUUAUUCUCCUAGGGGUAUUUGGAGGGCUUUGGGGAGCCUUUUUCAUUAGGGCAAAUAUUGCCUGGUGUCGUCGACGCAAAUCCACCAAAUUUGGGAAGUACCCCGUUCUGGAAGUCAUUAUUGUUGCAGCCAUUACUGCUGUGAUAGCCUUCCCUAAUCCAUAUACUAGGCUAAACACCAGUGAACUGAUUAAAGAGCUUUUUACAGACUGUGGUCCCCUGGAAUCCUCUUCACUUUGUGACUACAGAAAUGACAUGAAUGCCAGUAAAAUUGUCGAUGAUAUUCCUGAUCGUCCAGCAGGCAUUGGAGUAUAUUCAGCUAUAUGGCAGUUAUGCUUAGCACUCAUAUUUAAAAUCAUAAUGACAGUAUUCACUUUUGGUAUCAAGGUUCCGUCAGGUUUAUUUAUCCCCAGCAUGGCCAUUGGAGCAAUUGCAGGAAGGAUUGUGGGGAUUGCAGUGGAACAGCUUGCUUACUAUCACCAUGACUGGUUUAUCUUUAAGGAGUGGUGUGAGGUCGGAGCUGACUGCAUUACACCUGGCCUUUAUGCCAUGGUUGGUGCUGCUGCAUGCUUAGGUGGUGUGACAAGGAUGACGGUCUCCCUGGUGGUUAUUGUUUUUGAGCUUACUGGAGGCUUGGAAUAUAUCGUUCCCCUUAUGGCUGCAGUGAUGACCAGUAAAUGGGUUGGAGAUGCAUUUGGUAGGGAGGGCAUUUAUGAAGCACACAUCCGAUUGAAUGGAUACCCUUUCUUGGAUGCAAAAGAAGAAUUCACUCAUACCACCCUUGCUGCUGAUGUUAUGAGACCUCGAAGGAAUGAUCCUCCCUUAGCUGUCCUGACACAGGACAAUAUGACAGUGGAUGAUAUAGAAAACAUGAUUAAUGAAACCAGCUACAAUGGCUUUCCUGUCAUAAUGUCCAAAGAAUCUCAGAGAUUAGUGGGAUUUGCCCUCAGAAGAGACCUGACAAUUGCAAUAGAAAGUGCCAGAAAAAAACAAGAAGGUAUCGUUGGCAGUUCUCGGGUGUGUUUUGCACAGCACACCCCAUCUCUUCCAGCAGAAAGUCCCCGGCCACUGAAGCUUCGAAGCAUUCUUGAUAUGAGCCCUUUUACGGUGACAGACCACACCCCAAUGGAGAUUGUGGUGGAUAUUUUCCGAAAGUUGGGUCUGAGGCAAUGCCUUGUAACUCACAAUGGGAUUGUCUUGGGGAUCAUCACAAAGAAGAACAUAUUAGAGCAUCUCGAGCAACUAAAGCAGCACGUCGAACCCUUGGCGCCUCCUUGGCAUUAUAACAAAAAAAGAUAUCCUCCGUCAUAUGGCCCAGACGGCAAACCAAGACCCCGCUUCAAUAAUGUUCAACUGAAUCUCGUAGAUGAAGAGAGAGAGGAAACAGAAGAGGAAGUUCGUUUAUUGAAUAGCACAACUCUUUAACCUGAGAGAGUCAUCUACAUUUUUUUCUCCUAAAAAAAAAAAAAAAAGGAAAUAUAAAAACCAGGCUUUUGCAACAUGGUUUGCAAAUAAUGCUGGUGGAUUGGAGGAGUUGUUUGGGGAGGGAAGGGAGAGGGAAGGAAAGGAGUGAGGUAUUUCCCCGUCUAACCGAGAGCAGCAAAUCAACUCCUGUUGUUCUGCACUGGAUGCGUUCAGCUAAGGAUGUGCCGUGAUAGUGCAGGCUUGAGCCUCAACGGAGAUGACACCAGAGUCCUUGGGCACCUGGCCCGUUACUCCAACAUUGCAAAGACAUGUCAUCAGCCCCUGUUUCUGGAGGGAUUACUUUGAAUUGAGCCAUCUUUAAAACUGCAAGGUCUUGCCCUUUUUUAAUCAAAACAGUUCUGUUUAAUUCAUGAAUUGUAUAGUUAAGCAUUACCUUUCUGCAUUCCAGAAGAGCCUUUAUUUCUCUCUCUCUCUCUCUCCUGAGGUGUAACAAAACCUCUUUAAAUUGGUGUACCCUUUUGAAGCAGUCCUUUCUCAUAUUGAGAUGUACUGUGAUUUUACUGAGGUUUCAUCACAAGAAGGGAGUGUUCCUUGUGCCAUUAACCAUGUAGUUUGUAUCAUCACUUAAUGCUUGGAACAGUGCACAUGCACCACAACAAAGGCUAACCAAACAGGUAAAAUCUUGAAUGAAGCUUGAAUGAAAUCUCUCAGCUUGUGUGCUGUGUGGUUCAGAAUCAAAACAAUGAAACUUGACUUUAAAGGAUAAAGAGUUUUUUUUUUUUCUCUCAGACUUUAUUAAUAAUGUGACCUGGUCUUAUGCAAAUUUUCUAUUUCUAAAACUACUACUAUGAUAUACAAGUGCUGUUCAGCAUAAUUAAAAUGCUGCUGCUUUGACAGUAAAGAGAAGGAAGUAUUCUGUUUAGCUGUAUCUGAUAUUAAUUGCAUGUUAAAACACUGGAAUUUUUUUCUUGAAAUUAGAUCAGUCAUUCAUUCUUUCCUCAAGAUAUUUCACUGCUGACACUGAAGAAGAAAUGUAAUUCAUAACUUGCACUAAAUGUAUAUUUCUUUUCUUAAAAAUUUACCAUUCUUAUUUAUAUUUUUAUGGAUUAAAAUUUAUAAAAUACAAAUCAGUUAAUAUUGCACUUAAAUAGUUUUACCUUUUUAAUGUGAUUUUUAUAGACUAAUUCAGACUUACAAAUAUGGAGAUGUGAACAAAGUUUACAAUGAGAACAAGGAUUUAAAAGAGCUUGUGGUUAUUUCUGUAUGAUCCAGUGUGUACAUAAACCUUUUCUGAUCUUUCACUGCCAUCUCGUAGGUUAUGUCUUCUGACCUGUUCAUUUUGACUCAUCAACUGGAAAGCUGAAACACUAAAAAUUACUUUGCAGAUUAAAACCAAAAGUUAAAUGUGUUAACCUUUUUUUUUUUUUAGAAAUCAAAAAAAUGAAAAUAAUAGAAUUGCAAUGGUAGCAGUUAAAAUUUUAAUCUGAACAUAACCUUCAAAUCUUUGGGUAGGUCACAUUCAUUAUUUGAAGUAUUUAAUGAUGGUUGAAAAAUACCCAUAGUGCACAGUUUUGCAGGACAAAUUAAAAUAUAAUAGAAUGUGUUGGGUUUUUCUUUUUAGAAAUGUCUGUUUUAGUCAUGGUCUUAAUUUACUAUUGGCAAAGGCAGUUUACUUGAACGACUGGCCUAAAUAAUCUGUGAUUAUGCAGUUUUGAUAGGAAAAUGAAUUUUGCAAACAGACUUUUCUGAAACAACUAGCAAUGAACUGUUUUUAUAUUUUGGAAGUGAUUCUUCACUUCCUGCUUCUUAAUAAUAUACCUGUAAGGUCUGUAAAAUCACAUAAGAUCUGUAAGAUUUUGAAGACUUAUAUGAUCAUGAAGCCAUAUGAGAAUAACGAUUAAAAGUUGAGCAAAAUUUGAGGAAUUUCACGAAACAUUCUUAUCUAAGCUAUCUGCCUAAAAACAGUAUUUUGUCCUCAUUACUAACCCCCUUUAGCAGACUUCAAGUUUUCUUCAUAGCCACUUCAAAGUUCUUUUGCCCAUCCAGAGGGAAAUCCUUUCUAAAUGAUAGUUCUAUAUGUCUCUAACUUGUCUUAAGCAUAUUUGUAGUGUGCAGUGCACUGCUACAAUAUGAACUUCUUGGCGUGGCUAUUGAGUAACUUAACUGCUCGUCCUGAGUUACAAGCCGUCAAAGGAGAAACUAGUUUCUUUGCAGAUAGCUUCAUACAUUAAACUUCACAUGGAUUUUGUUUUCCAUAUUUCCCUUUUUGAUUUCAGGUUCUACUUUCAUUGCCCAUCUUGCUUCAGAGACUGACAUAUCAGGGUGGAUAUUAAAGGAUUAAUUUUCUUCUUUGGCAUAUCUCUAUCCCUGGUGUGUCUUAUUGCUGAAAUACAGGAAAAGUGCUAUUAUUAGUGCAUUCAGUGGUUUUCUUUGGUAUUAUUAUCUGUUCCAUUUUUCUUUCUGAUACAUCGAAGUGUGUCUGCUUUUCAACCAAACGAUGAAAUAGUGGAGACCAUGAAAUACAUGUGCCUGGCUAAUUGGCAAACUAAUUGACCAAUAUAAUAAGUAUAGCGCCUUAUUUGAAUACCCUUUUUGAGAAGGUAUGAUGAGAAUGGGCAAGGGUGUCAGCAUCUCUCCUUAUUAAUAAUUGUUUUCAGCUUUGGUUCAUGAAGAAUGCUUAGUUUGUUAAUCUGUGAUGUUGCCUAGAGCUGUAUUUAUCUGUUUUUAUUUAUACUAGUGUAGUAAAGCUGCAUAUCAUUACAGUAAAAUGAUUACUGUGAUGAGUUAAUCAGAAAAUCUAUUAAA